CUCCUCCCCGCCUCGACUCACCCACCCCAUCAGCAGCCAUGGCGCCGCCCUCGGUGUCCACCUCCCACCUCCUCAUCACCGCCUCCCUCCCCAAGCCCAAGCCUUCCUCCCUCCGCCCGCCGCGUCUCCCUCUCGCCAGGCCCCUCCCGGCGACGCUCCUCGCGCUCGCCGCGGCGCCCGCUCUCGCCGCUGACGCGCCGGCGCCUCCCCCGGCCCCGGCCCCCGCGCCCGCACCCGAGCUCCAGGCCGAGGCCACCACUCCCACCGCCAACCCCUUCGCCAACUCCCUCCUCACGGCCCCCAAGCCCUCCGCCGCCGCCGACCUCCCCGAGGGCGCGCAGUGGCGCUACAGCGAGUUCCUCUCCGCCGUCAAGCGCGGCAAGGUCGAGCGCGUCCGCUUCUCCAAGGACGGCGGGCUCCUCCAGCUCACCGCCGUCGACGGCCGCCGCGCCACCGUCGUCGUCCCCAACGACCCUGACCUCAUCGACAUCCUCGCCACCAACGGCGUCGACAUCUCCGUCUCCGAGGGCGAGGCUGCGGGACCCGGGGGAUUCAUCGCCUUCGUCGGCAACCUCCUCUUCCCCUUCCUCGCGUUCGCGGGGCUCUUCUUCCUCUUCCGCCGCGCGCAGGGCGGGCCGGGCGCGGGCCCUGGCGGGCUCGGCGGGCCCAUGGACUUUGGACGCUCCAAGAGCAAGUUCCAGGAGGUGCCUGAGACGGGCGUCACGUUCGUCGACGUCGCCGGGGCCGAUCAGGCCAAGCUCGAGCUGCAGGAAGUCGUCGAUUUCCUCAAGAACCCAGACAAGUACACCGCUCUGGGUGCCAAGAUCCCCAAGGGAUGUCUCCUCGUCGGUCCGCCUGGGACAGGUAAAACCCUCCUGGCGCGUGCCGUCGCCGGAGAGGCUGGCGUGCCUUUCUUCUCCUGCGCCGCGUCCGAGUUCGUCGAGCUCUUCGUCGGUGUCGGUGCAUCCAGGGUGCGCGACCUCUUCGAGAAGGCCAAGGCCAAGGCGCCCUGCAUUGUCUUCAUCGAUGAGAUUGAUGCCGUCGGGAGGCAGCGUGGUGCUGGGCUCGGUGGUGGUAACGACGAGAGGGAGCAGACCAUUAACCAGCUCUUGACUGAGAUGGAUGGCUUUGCCGGCAACAGUGGUGUCAUCGUCCUCGCUGCGACCAACAGGCCUGAUGUGCUGGACUCUGCGCUUCUGCGUCCAGGAAGGUUUGAUCGGCAGGUCACUGUUGACAGGCCAGAUGUUGCUGGGCGCGUCAAGAUUCUUGAGGUUCACUCCCGAGGAAAAGCAUUGGCUAAAGAUGUUGACUUUGAGAAAAUUGCUAGAAGAACCCCUGGUUUCACUGGAGCUGAUCUUCAAAACUUGAUGAACGAGGCUGCCAUUCUUGCUGCUCGUCGUGAUCUUAAGGAAAUAAGCAAGGAUGAGAUCUCAGAUGCUCUUGAGAGGAUCAUUGCUGGGCCCGAGAAGAAAAAUGCAGUUGUUUCUGAAGAGAAGAAGAAGCUUGUGGCUUACCAUGAGGCUGGCCAUGCUCUUGUCGGUGCCCUCAUGCCCGAAUAUGAUCCGGUUGCUAAGAUUUCCAUCAUUCCUCGUGGACAAGCUGGUGGACUCACAUUCUUUGCUCCAAGUGAAGAGCGGCUUGAGUCUGGAUUGUACAGCAGAAGCUAUCUUGAGAACCAAAUGGCUGUAGCCCUUGGUGGCAGGGUUGCUGAAGAGGUGAUCUUUGGCCAAGAAAAUGUGACGACAGGAGCUUCCAAUGACUUUAUGCAGGUGUCACGUGUCGCAAGGCAAAUGGUUGAAAGAUUUGGAUUCAGUAAGAAGAUCGGACAAGUUGCUAUUGGGGGACCUGGCGGAAACCCUUUCUUGGGACAGCAGAUGUCCAGCCAAAAGGACUACUCCAUGGCUACAGCGGACAUUGUGGAUGCUGAGGUGAGGGAACUCGUGGAGAGGGCCUACUCGAGAGCAACACAGAUCAUCACGACGCACAUCGACAUCCUCCACAAGCUCGCACAGCUUCUGAUCGAGAAGGAGACGGUGGAUGGGGAGGAGUUCAUGAGCCUGUUCAUCGACGGCCAGGCCGAGCUUUUUGUUGCUUGAGGCAGCAAAGCAGCAGGCAGAUAGCUGGCCUUGGCGUGUUGUAUUGAUCUAUGCGCUUUUGUACGGGUAUUCGUGUAACGGGAAAAAAAAUGGAGAGCUAAGCUUGUAGGUACCACAUUGAUGUAGCCAAAGAUGCUUUUGCAUACUUGUAUAGUCUGUUCCUUGUAAAAAGCAUUGACUGACACAUUUGAGCAAGUAAAAUGCUUCUGCUUACUGUUAUAGCACCA